AUGGAUCCCUUGUUUUGGCCAUCAGAAGCUAACAGAUUUCGACGAUUCACCCCUGAGUCCUUGGCAGCAAUCGAGGAAAGGAUUGCCAACAAAAAAAAGGAGCAAAUCAAAGUUAAAGAGAAGACUAAGGAGACUAAAGAACAAGGAGUUGAAGAAGAUAAACUUACUCCUCAGCUUGACCUGAAAAUCUGCAAAACGUUGCCAUCUCUGUAUGGGGACAUUCCUGCAGAGCUGGUUGGGGAACCCCUGGAGGAUUUUGAUCCAUACUACAGUGAUCACAAGACUUUUAUGGUGUUAAAUAAAAGGAGGACCAUUUUCCGAUUUUCUGCCACACCUGCCUUGUUUAUAUUUGGUCCUUUUAAUCCAGUCAGAAAAAAGGCAAUUAAAAUUCUGAUCCAUUCAGUUUUUCUUGGCAUUAUUACAUUUACUGUGUUACUCAAUUGUAUGACUAUGACUAUCCCUCACCUUGUAGAAACCAACUGGACUGAACAUGUUUUCACUGCUGUCUAUACCACUGAAAUAUUGAUUAAAGUAGUAGCAAGAGGAUUUGUUUGGAAUGAAUUUACUUUUCUUCGAGAUCCAUGGAACUGCUUGGAUUUUUCUAUUAUUAUUGUAAUGUACCUGGCUGCAUCUCAUAGUGUUGGCAAUGUUUCAGUUCUUCGAACUUUCAGAGUACUGAGGACCUUGAAAGCUAUUUCAGUAAUACCAGGUCUGAAAGUCAUUGUAAAUUCACUUGUUGAGUCUGUUAGGAAGCUCUUGGAUGUGCUGAUCCUGACUGUAUUUUGCUUGAGUAUCUUUGCAUUAAUAGGCCUUCAGCUGUUUAUGGGAAAUUUAAAAUCCAAAUGUGUCCUCGAUAAAAAUCGAUACAAUGACUCAUUAUGCAAGGAGGCCAAGAUAUAUGUACCAAAUGAUGCAGGUAAAUGUUUUUCUUUUCUCUCUUUACAUAAUCUGUAGCAAUGCUUCAGAUUGAAAGACACUUCUGAAAUAUUGCUGUGUGAGCACAGUGGAGGUAACAAAAGUGGGUGUCCAGAGAACUACACCUGUGAGAAGAUUGGGAAAAAUCCUGACUUUGGUUAUACAAGUUUUGACCACUUUGGCUGGGCCUUCCUCUCUGUGUUCCGGCUGAUGACCCAGGACAACUGGGAGCGUCUCUACAGACAAACCAUCCGUACCUCUGGAGUGUCCUGCAUCUUUUUUUUUAUGGCAGUCAUCUUCUUUUGCUCAUUUUAUCUCUUCAAUCUGAUCCUGGCUGUGGUAACCAUGGCAUAUGAAGAGGAAAACAGAGCAACACGUGCUGAAACAGAGGCAAAAGAAAAAAUGCUUCAGGAUGCCAGACAAAUUAUAGAGAAGGAACAGAUGUUGGCUGUGGAGGAAAGCAGUAAGGCCUUGCAUACUGCAUCUGAAAUGCCACUUGCUGACUUGAAAAAUUCAGAAGGAAAAGAGAGUAAUAAAGAAACACCUACUUCAAGACAAAACUUAAUUUCAGAUGACCAGGAAAAUGAGGAGCAAAUAUUUCGUUCACAGCCUGAUCGCUGCCACAAGAAGCUUAGGCAGAUCCUGCUGGACUAUGAGGUCUCAAUGGAUGCUAUCAAUGAUCCUGUCCGAAGACAGAGGUUAAUGAGUGCAGCCACAAUUCUUACAGAUAAUUCAAAGUCAAAACUGAACUGUCCUACAUUUUGGAAAAAUUUCCCUCAAAAGUAUCUAAUUUGGAAUUGUUGUCCAUUCUGGAGAGCAGUCAAAGAGAAGAUGAAAUUGGUAAUUUUUAAUCCAUUUGCUGAUCUCUUCAUCGUGGUUUGCAUUAUCUUGAAUACCUUGUUCCUGGCUAUGGAGCACCCUGGCAUGGAAGGAGCAAACCAACGAUUGAUGAUUUCUCUGAGUGACAAGAUCUUCACCCUAAUUUUUACUGCAGAAAUGAUCUUGAAAAUCAUUGCUCUAGAUCCUUACUACUAUUUCCAGGAAAAGUGGAAUGUUUUUGAUAGCUUGGUUGUUUUGAUUGGCCUAGCAAGCUUUGGAACAAAACUGUCACCUUUCAGGCUGCUUAGGAUCUUCAAAUUGGCAAAGUCCUGGCCAGCCUUAAACACUCUUAUGAAAAUAAUUCUACACUCAUUUGGUGCACUGAGUAACCUCACUCUGGUUUUGGCAAUCACUGUAUUUAUUUUUGCUAUAGUAGGAAUUCAGAUUUUGAGCAGUGAUUAUAGCAAAAAUGCCUGUAAAAUAAGCUCCAAUUGCAAAUUACGCUGGCAUAUGAUGGAUUUUAGUCAUUCAAUCCUCAUUAUAUUCCGAAUAUUAUGUGGAGAAUGGAUUGAAACUAUGUGGGAAUGCAUGGAAGUGGCUGGAAAAAGGAAAUGUGUCACCAUUUUCUUGCUUGUCCUGGUGCUAGGAAACCUGGUGGUGCUCAACCUGUUCAUUGCUUUGCUGCUGAGUUCAUUCAACAUUGAUGGCCCAGAGGCACAAGAGGAGCCUGGAGAAGGGACUAAAUAUCAGAUUGCCAUUGCACAGAUUCACAAGACGCUGAAGGCUGUGAAGGACAGAAUUUGGGAUCACUGCUGCAGGAGAAUGAGGGGAAGCCUCAGAAGAGCAAACAAAAAGAAGACUUUGGCAGAAGUUUCUGGGAAGGGCAUAGAGGUUACUAAUUGUCCCAUGACAGAUGUCAGGAAAUACAUAGACCACAGCUCCUUUGAUAUAGAGUGUGGCCAUAUGGAAGAGAGUUCCUCACUAGCAAGGAAAUAUGAAGAAAUUUUGAGCAGCCCCAGUACCUGUGUUCCCAUUACAGAAGCAGAGGCUUACCCCAAGGAAGGUGAUGAUGGGCACAUUUUGCACACAGCUGUAGAAUACAGGAAACAGAAAUAUCAUUCUGUUCGCAGCUUUUCUGAAGCCAGCACUGUGGAUCCAGUUGUUCUUCUGGAGAUGUUUUCCCAUACUAAAGACUCCCAGCUGCCCAAGGACUGCUGUGUAGAGAGUUGUGUUGAGUGUUCCCCAUGUUGUGUAGUGGAUACUACCAAGUUUCCAGGCAGAACUUGGUGGAACUUUAGAAAAACCUGCUACAAAAUCGUGAACCACAGCGGGUUUGAAUAUUUUAUGGUUUUUAUGAUUGUGUUGAGCAGCGCAGCACUGGCAUUUGAAGAUGUUCACCUGCAGAAAAACAAAAAAGUGAAAAUUAUCCUAGAUUAUGCUGAUAUCAUAUUUACCUACACCUUUUUUACGGAGAUGCUUCUGAAAUGGGUGGCUUUUGGUCUGCACAGUUAUUUCACAAAUUCUUGGUGUUUGCUUGACUUCAUCAUUGUGUGUGUAAGUAUUAUACUCAAAUACCUGAAUUCCUCACCUUGUUCCUCUGGGACCAGCCUGAAAUCUCUCAGGACUUUCAGAGCACUGCGGCCUCUACGAGCUUUGUCAAGAUUUGAAGGGAUAAAGGUUGUUGUGAAUGCACUCUUUGGAGCCAUCCCCUCCAUCUUCAACGUUCUGCUUGUCUGCGUUGUCUUUUGGCUCCUCUUUAACGUUCUAGGAGUCAAAUGGCUUGGAAGCAGGUUUUGGAAAUGCACACACAAAGUAGAAAGUACUGAUCACAUUUAUGGCAAAAAUGAUUGUCUUGCCUUGAAUUGGACAUGGACAAAUGCUGUUGUAAAUUUUGACAAUGUUGGCAUGGGUUACUUGGCUCUUCUCCAAGUGGCAACAUUUAAAGGUUGGAUGGAUAUUAUGUAUGCAGCAGUGGAUUCACGUGAGAUUGGUCAACAGCCACAGUUUGAAGCACGCUUACAUAUGUAUGCAUUCUUUGUGGUUUUCAUUAUUUUUGGAUCUUUCUUCAUGCUGAACCUUUUCAUUGGAGUGGUUAUCAGCAAUUUUAACCAGCAAAGGAAAAAGAUAAGUGGGAAAGAUCUAUUUUUGACUGAGGAACAGAAAAAGUACUAUAGUGCCCUAAAAAAACUUGGAUCCAAGAAACCCCAAAAACCCGUCCCAAGACCAGCGAACGCAUUCCAAGGAUUGCUGUUUGACAUCGUAAAUCACAAAGCUUUUGACGUCACCAUUGUGAUUUUCAUCUGUCUAAAUAUGAUUGUUAUGAUGGCAGAAAACACUGACAGAAACACCAAGGAUGUUCUUAAUAAAAUCAACUAUUUUUUUGUGGCUGUAUUCACUGCAGAAUGUGUCUUAAAAAUACUGGCCUUAAGGCACUACUACUUUGGAAGUGGCUGGAACGUGUUUGAUUUCAGUGUUGUGAUCCUUUCAAUAGUGAGUCUUGGAGUUUCUGAAGCGUUUCAAUCUUUCUUCUCCCCGACGGUUUUGAGAACUCUUCGUUUGGCGCGGGUCGGCCGAGUCCUGAGAAUCGUUCGCAAAGCCAGAGGGAUUCGAACUCUUCUUUUUGCACUGCUGAUGUCCCUUCCUGCCCUGGUCAACAUUGGCCUUUUGCUUUUCCUGAUCAUGUUCAUUUAUGCCAUCGUGGGCAUGGCAAACUUUGCCUGUCUCCCCGAGGAUGGUGGGAUUGAUGACAUUUUCAACUUCAAAACAUUUUGUGGUAGCAUUCUCUGCCUCUUCCAAAUUACCACAUCAGCUGGCUGGGAUAAUCUUCUGGCCCCUGUGCUAAGGGAAUCUGAUAAAUGUGCUCUCCAAUUAGAUGCAACAGGGACAAAGAAAAAUAAUUGUGUAAAUAAGGGCUUUGGUAUUUUAUAUUUUGUAAGCUAUGUCAUUAUAUCGUUCCUCAUUGUUGUAAAUAUGUACAUAGCAGUCAUUUUAGAGAACUUCAAUGUUGCCACUGAGGAGAGCACAGAUCCUCUUUGUGAGGAUGACUUUGAUAUGUUUUAUGAGACUUGGGCAAAGUUUGACCCUCUGGCGACGCAGUUUAUAGAUUAUUCUGCUCUCUCAGACUUUGCAGAUGCUCUGGCAGACCCCCUGCGCAUCCCAAAGCCCAACAAAAUCCAGCUCAUAGCCAUGGACAUCCCCAUAGUUAGUGGAGAUAAGAUCCACUGCUUGGAUAUCUUGCUGGCUUUCACUAAAAGGGUCUUGGGAGAAGCUGGAGAUAUGGAUGGUCUUGAAUUAAACAUGGAAGAAAAGAUUACAGCUAGCAAUCCAUCUAAAAGUUCUUACAGCCCAAUUUCUUCUACCCUUAAAAGGAAACAAGAGGAAGUGUCAGCUCUUGUUAUUCAAAAGGCCUUCAGGAGAUAUUUGAGACAACGUUCUCUUGAAAAUACAUCCUUGUACCAUUGUAAACAUAACAGUGCUGUCUUUGGACGAGAAAUACAGGACAAGCAAAGUCUUCUUGAAUCACUGCUUAAUGAAAACCAUGGGAGGAAGGCAGAUAAAUUACGUCCUGCUUCUUCCAUAUCCCUCCCUUUAUUUUAUGAUGGCUUUGCUGAGACAGACAGCAAAAAGCUUGACACAUGA